CUCCCCACUGGGGGCCCUUAACCCUAGUCGGCUCGUCUCCCUCCCUCCCUCCCUCCCUCUCUCUCGCCAUGGCCUCCUCUUCUUCUUCCACUCCCCUUCCUAAUGGACCACUAAAGAUAGCCAUCAUAGGCUUCGGCCCUUUCGCACAAUUUCUAGCGAAGACAUUCGUCAAGCAAGGCCACAUCCUGACAGCCACGUCUCGGUCCGAUUAUUCCCUCCUCUGCUCCCAAUUGGGCAUCACUUUCUUCAGGGAUAUGGAUGACUUGAUGGAGGCAGGUGGCCAGGUGAUACUUCUGUGCACAUCCAUCCUAUCCUUGGGUGAUGUCAUCCGGUCGAUCCCCAUGGGUCGUCUCAGAAUGCCUCUGCUAUUCGUGGAUGUGCUAUCCGUGAAGGAAUACCCAAGAGACCUCCUUCUACGGGUACUACCUGAAGAGUCUGAUGUGCUUUGCACCCACCCCAUGUUCGGCCCGGAGAGUGGAAAAGAAGGGUGGAAUGGGCUGCCUUUGGUUUAUGAGAAAGUCCGCAUAAGGGACCAUGCUCUUUGUGACAACUAUUUGGGCAUAUUCCAAGCUGAGGGCUGCAGAAUGGUGGAAAUGUCGUGCCAAGAGCAUGACGAGAUGGCAGCCAAGAGCCAAUUCUUGGCUCACACCUUUGGCAGGAUAUUGGCAGAGAUGGGAAUCAAGCCCACACCAAUGGACACAAAAGGCUUCCAAGCACUUCUUCAACUGAGAGACAACACCACGAAGGAUAGCUUUGAUUUGUACUGCGGGCUGUUCGUACGUAAUAAGUUUGCGAGACAGGAACUGGACAAGCUGGAUCUUGCCUUCAAGGCUGUGAGAGAGAAGCUGCUGGAGAGAACAAAAGACGUGGAACUCCAUUAAUGGACUAAUGAUUGGCUUGCCAAUAUACAUAGAGAUCAAGAUGGCGGUAUCUCCAUUAAUCAUAUCCUUCUGUCAUUUAUUUUCUCAACAUCCACGAUGGGAUUUUCUUUCUUUCUUUCUUUCUUUCUUUUUAUUAACAAGCUUCAGUCUUCCGUAGAUUUGUUUUAACAAUCAUCAGUGCAAAUCCAGUAGGAUAACGUGAAUUUGUAAAAAAUUCCUGUGCCAAUACUAUAUAUUUGCUGGAGAUGAAACAUUAUCAUUAGUUCUACUUUGGUUGAGCAUCAAAACUUAAGAGACAAAUUAUGCAGAUUUUGUCAAAAAUAUUUUGUUAGGGGGUCAGGUUUAGAUCUUUCUGAAAUUAAAGUGUCGACAGGGAAAAUCAGAACAUGAAUGGUGUGGUUUGAGAUCAGAAAAAGUAAAAUGGCAAUCUGUGCCAUCAUAUUCUUUUUUAUUGCCUUUAAAAUUGGCGGUCAUCCUUGAUUUGCUCAAAAUUUUCUGCCAUCCUCCAAGAAUAAGGACUCUCAAUUGUAUAUGAUCGUUAGAACAACUACAUUUUCUUUAAAGAUAAUUGUGAACAUCUAUUACUGUUACUCGCAUAGGAAUAUAUACACGGUAUAGCUAUAAUCAUGUCCUAAAAUCAAGCUAACUAAACUGUACAAUAGUAAACACAUAGACAAAGAUAGCAACAAGCUGAUUUGGUAAAUCUCAUUUAUUGAUGUGCGUGAUUAUCAUUGUCAUGAGCUGUUUUCUUAUUACUCUUUACAUCUUGGCAAGCUGGAAUGAAAGCACUGUAAACAUGUCCUUGUUUUUUUCCUUCAUUUUUGAAAAAAAUUUGAAGUUGCAUGCAGCUCUGAUCAUAAUUCGCGGCGAAGACCUUCUUGAGGGAUUUAUUACUUGCAAAUGAGAACUUUCAACUGACUGACAAUAAGUUUCCUAUAUGAUUAUUUUCACUUUGGUUGAGAUCUAUUUCGGUAGAAAUGUCAAAAGCUCAAUAAGCCAUCUCACUAACAUCCUAUGAGACUCUUCCCAGAUUGACCGGCUGCAAGUUUGCAACUGGGACAUAAAUUUUGAUUGCAAGGAAGAAAUCUGCUAAAUGUUUGGCAAUCAUUGCUCGUUUAUACUAAGAUCCUAUUCCUAA